AUGGCUUCUUCUUCGGGUGCAAGAAAGUAUCCGAAAAGGCUGUAUGAUGUUGAUAAAACCCCAAUUCAGAGUAGGAGCAUGAACCAUAGUUGUUUUUUGGCCAACAUUCAAGCGGUGGUAGAAGCUGUCGGGGAUGAUGUUGUGUCUGAGUUGAGGGAAUCAGCUGUUGGAGUGAUUCUGAAGCUAAAAGAGUUGGAAUACACUUGGUCUGCUUCUUGCGUUCACCAUUUUCUCGCCAAUCAAUUGGCUAUCGAGAGCACUCAUGAGAUGUGGUCCUUGAUAGACUGUAUGCCGCUGCGGUUUUCUUUGUACGAAUUUGGAGAAAUUACGGGGCUAAAUUGUGAUCCUUUCGACAAUAAUGAGAUUUGGGAUGUGGAGCAUGAAAGUUUCUGGCUGGAGAUGAACGUGCCGACAUCAGAAGGACCUACAUUGAAAGAGCUACAAGCCCUUUUUCCUAUUUGCAGAAACUGGUCUCGAGAGAAGCGAGUGAUGAUAGGAUUUACCAGCCUUCUUGAGUCUAUUAAAGUACUCACCUAUGAUGGAAAGAAGAGUUACACACUUCAUGGUUGUGUUCAUGCGCUCUUAAUAUGGGUUUUUGAGUUUGUCCCUCGUCUAGGAGAGAAAUAUGGGAAUCGGAGAGAAGGUGCUGGUGUCCCUCUUCUGUCAUGGCGGGGAUCUCGUCCGCGCAUUAACUUCUCAGAUUUCUGUGCCCAAGAAAAGAGAACAUAUCAGAAGGACAUCCUCAAAGGUCAGCUUGAUGAAAGGUAUUGGGAAGUAAUGCCUGCUACGAAAUCGACAAAGAGAAAAAGUCACGUGAACCCACCUUGUGUUCUUGAUACCAUGGAUGUGGGUCCUUCUACUAAGCGAACGAAGGACACAGAACAUGUCAAUGGUUGCCACACAUCAGAAACGGUUGUAUCUCACAACAUCGCCAUACUUGGGUUGGUUGAGUCGGUGAAGAACCUGACUGCAAAAAUUGAUGGAAUAGAUGUUAUUGUAGCUGACAAGGUUAGCGAGAAACUGGACGCAACCAUACAAGCUAAAGUGGAUGCUAAGGUGGGUUUAUAUAAGGAUGAGGUAAUGAUGAAGAUUGCCAUGUUGGUGGAAGACGUAAAGAAUCUUAAAAAGAAGGCUGGUGUCAACAUUCCUAUCGAUGUAGCUAACUCCAAUGAUCACAACUCCAUUGUGCCAGAAGAGGAUGAUGCUUCUAGCAAUGAGUUGUCAUGGAUGCUUCAGAAGAAGAUAAAUUCACAAGAUGGUUUACCAAUCGAAUGUGUUGUUAAAAAGGAGAAAAAGAAGACGAUGGUGAAGCCGGAGCGUAAGACCACUGAUGUGAAAAAUAAAGGGAAGAAAGCUGAAGUGCCAGUGAAGAAAGUGAAGAAGGAGAAAGCAUUUGUCAUCCCAGAACUAAAUGACAAAUCUAUUUCUUCAGGAGAUUGGAAGAAUCAUUUGGAGUGGGAAAAGAGUAAUAAGUGUAGACAAGUGAUGCAAGAACUUGCUUCAACUUUGGAGAAGUACGACCCAUUUGCUAAAGUUGAGUCACAGAAAUUGGUGAAAGUUAUGGACUUUAUUAAGCGAGAUUUGGAACAAGAGGAAUCUGGAUAUGGUGAGUUUUGCGCUCAGUUUUACUUAAAGAUAAUGGUGCCAAGAGAUGAGUGGCCAACAGAUAAGUACGGCUGGCUGUCUGACUCGCACAUUGCCGCAGCGAUGCUCAUGUUUCACAGACGUUCCAUGCAAUCCUUAUCUCCAUAUUCUUCAUCUCGAGUUGCAUUUCUAGAUCGGUGGUUCGUGAAGUCAUGGGUUAAUGACUUCGAAAAACAGGACAAGAAGAAGAUUGAGGUGUCAGAUAUGUACAUCAAGGCUUUCAAUGGAGAAUAUCCGGAACAGUUUGUGACCGGGAAGAAAUGGUAUGAAGAUGUCGACACCUUGUUCCUCUGCCACCAUGUUAACGGAGACCAUUGGGUUGCUCUACGCAUUGAUUUACGGAAGUCGACAAUCCAUGUAUAUGAUAGUAUUCCGAGUGUGGUGAAGGAACAUAAGGAUCUGACGGAGGAGUGCAGACCGUUCAUGAAAAUGAUUCCACUGGUGCUUAACAAGAUGCUGCCUCCAAAUUCGGGAAGGAAGAAGACUGAGCAGCAGUUCGCCUUACGUAGGCACAAGGAUGCCCCCCGGAACGAUGACCCAGGAGAUUGUGGUGUGUACUCUUUGAAGUACAUUGAAUGUCUUGCUAUUGGAUGUACUUUUCAGGGCUUGAGUGAUACGAUCAUACCGGAACAAAGAAUGAAGUUGGCAGCAGAGAUCUAUGAAGAGGUGGCCGAGGUUGAUGCAGAAGCAUGA